UUAAUCAAUUACUGUGCGUGCAUUGCCUUAUAGAGAGUAAGGCCAAUGCAUCAGCUCUUAUUAAAAAUGUUAUUCUGGGUAGGCUAUAAUAAGCGUAUUACUUAUCAUCAAGAUAUCGAAACAACCUAGAAUUUUUUUAAUGGCGAUGUGUUUAUAAAUAAGAAAUGCUGCUGCAGUCUCAAGGUUCGGGAAUGCGUGUACAGACCGUGAGCUCCGCCGGUAUUAUCGCAGAACAGCUAUUCCUUGACAGGAGAAUCGAGAAAAAACAAACCAUAAUGAAGAUCCAAGACUUUACUACAUCAGAAAAACCCAGCCUGUGGAUAUUCGGGUAUGGCUCGUUAGUCUGGAAACCAGACUUCAAUUACACGAGAAGUAAAGUCGGUUAUAUCGAAGGAUAUAGUAGACGCUUCUGGCAUGGAGACACUUUUCAUCGAGGAAACAAAGACAUGCCAGGCAGAGUGGUGACUUUGGUGGAAGAUCAUGAUGCUUGCACCUGGGGUGUGGCCUACGAAGUCAGCGGCUCCCUGAUUGAUGAGGCCCUGCAGUGCUUGAAUGUGAGAGAGGCGGUGCUGGGGGGCUAUGUCACCAAGAUGGUGGAGUUCACUCCCAAAGACAAGUGCCAAGGGUCUCUGCUGGCCCUGGUCUACAUUGCCACCUCUGACAACCCCGUAUACCUCGGACCCGCCACUCCCGUGGAGAUAGCUGCUCAGAUUGCCGUCUGCAGAGGCAACACGGGUCACAACGUGGAGUACCUCAUCCGCCUUGCUGAGUUUAUGAGGCUGUACUGUCCUCAGGUUGAGGACGAACAUCUCUUCUCCAUAGAGGCAGCCGUCCAGGCCCUGGUCAUCUGAACGACCGGGGCCAGGGACAUUCACAUCAGACCAACAAAAUGACGGCUGCUGAUGUGAACAAUGUGAAGACAAUGUGGAGACAGUCUUAGUCACUCUGCCUCAUAAAAAGGGUCAACAUGUUUUGAUCACUUUUUUGUUGUUGUCAAGGAGGUCACAUGUAGGGUAUGUUUUCGUAACAAGGUGGUUAAAGGGAUUUCCGACUGUAUUCAUAUUUCAGCAAUGAAACAUCGUUCACAUGGUUGUUGUGCAAUCAUCCUGACAGUUUUCACAUUAAUCUUGAAUUGGUUUUCAAAAAUAACUGUUUGUUCACAGCUCUGCUUUAUAGAUUAGCAAUGAAAAGCAUUUACUGCAUAGUUUGAUUUCCUGUCAAAGCAGAAGUUAAACUUACAGUAAGUAUUCUUGGUUUUAACAGUUACUUAAUACGUAUCCUGUAAAAAUAUGAUUAUUGCAUUGAUAAAUGUACUGUUUAUACUAUAUUUAACUUUGUUAUAAAAGGAACAGGGAUUUCUUUGAUUUUGA